AUGUCAUCUUGGGAAGAAGUGGUCCAGGAAGCUGAAAAGGCUACCAGUCUUAAGGAUGUCAAAGGUGUCUACGAAAUUCUCCGCAAGGCUGAUGAAAGUGGUAUUCACCACUCCGAACUAUCCUGGCGGUACGCACGUUCUCUCUAUGACAUGGCGGAAGAAACAACCGAUAAGAAGGAACGGGAAAAGUUUUUUAAAGAGGGACUCCAGUGGGCCAAAAAAGCAGUGGAGGAAGAUCCCAACAUGUAUGCCUCGCAUAUGUGGAUGGGUAUUCUUCUUAGCUCACAAAAUGAGUUUAUCAGUACAAAGGAAAAGGUGGCAAAUGCCUAUAUUAUUCGUGACCAUUUUCUAAAAUCUUUGGAACUUAAGAGCGAUAAUGCGACUGCUCUACACUGUAUGGGAAUGUGGUGCUGGAAUGUACUGCAGGUUGGAUGGGUAGAGCGACAGGCGGCAAGUCUUCUAUUUGGUACACCACCCACAUCCACUUACGAAGAGUGUCUUAAGUACCUUCUUGAUGCCGAUAAAAUUGAGCCCUCUAUUCACAACUGUCUCGCUCUUGGAAAUGUGUACAUGCAGCUAAAGCAGAAGGAUAAUGCAAAGAUCUGGUACCAAAAGGCGCUUGAUCUUCCAGCGACUACGGAGGCCAAAUUGAGGCAACAUGCUGAAGCGAAAAAGAAGUUAUCUUCCUGCUGA